UUUGCCCAAAAAAGCAGCAGUGGUGUAAAGUAGGGGAGAGCGAUGUAUGUUGUCACACUGUCUAACAUUUACUGGGCACAAUGCAUCACAAUGAUAUAAAUGUCAUACCAAAUGAAAGGAGGAAUUCUUGGGCACAUAUUGUAUUCAUUACAUCUAAAUAUCUUAUUUCAGUACGGAGUUGUAGACAGUUAAAGAGUGUGUGCACUUGUGACAAUUUGCCAAAUCAGCGGGUAAAUUGACACUACGUCGGGUAAAUCGUCAUAUUGGAUUAUCAACAAAUAAGAACACAACUAGUUAAUUGUGAAUAUUGAUUUUAAUUUCAAAUUCAAAACCAAAUUCAACUUCAUUGAAGAAUUCAAAAAUAAAAACAAUCAUGCCUAGAGAAUCUGGCAAAUCAUGCCUUUUCAAAUCAAAACAAUGCUGGCAGAACACAGAUUAAGUGGCACGACCACUUUACAAAUCGAAAGUUCUCUGGCAUGCACAUGGAUCCACGGUACUUGUUGGAAUGGAAUGCUGCAGAAAACUUGCGUAAAUGUCUCAAGUCUUAACAGAAGUGGUGUUUAAACACUAAUGCACAGUUUUGUAACAGGCUAUACGACAUACAUCCAUAUCUGAUUAAUCACUCAUCUUCAGUCAGCUCUGGCACACAAAUUGCCUGGCUUGAGGUGGAAGCAUCAUGGGCCUAUUUGCUGCAUCUCACACACUUCACCCAAGUCACCUUUAGAAAGCUGUUUGAAAAUGUCUCCACACAGAUGAGGCAGAAGCACUCCUCUUCAUCUGAUGAUGACUUUUCUACGAUUUCUUUUUUGAGAUGCCAUUUUUUUGGCAGAUCCAGAUUGACUCAUCCCCCCUCCUUGCUUCCCUUUCUUCAGAAACAGCAUUUGCUAGAUUGUGCCUUAUUCUUUUCCAUUUCUAGUGGCUGCUUGAAUUACUGUUUUGUGCCGUUUUCUUCCUUUGCAAGCUGGUUUUCAGGGGCCAGCUUUUGGAUAUGGCCAGAUGUCCUCUGGAGUUGGUAGUCCGCUGUCAGCAAUGGCAUUGCUGGGCAAGGUUGAGCUGGUGCUAGCAUAAGAACUGGGCAGGUCUGUGUCUGAUCUCGUGCUAAGCAGGGCUGGAAUGGUGUUGGGCCUGGCAAGUUAGUGCUGGGGCCUGGCAGGGAUGAAAUGGUGCUGGGGCCUGGGAGGUUGGUGCUGGGGCCUGGCAGGGCUGGAAUAGUGCUGGGGCCUGGCAGGGCUGGAAUGUUGCUGGGGCGUGGCAGGGCUGGUCCUGGUAGGGUUCUGAAUGGGGCUGUAACGUAGGAUGGAGCAAACUCGGUUUCCAGAAAUACAUCCCUGUUGUAAGGUUGUACCCCAGCCACCCUAAAGCCAGCCUGAAUGUUCAAGGGGGUUGCAGCCAGAGGAUAGAAGAUUGCCAAUUUAUGACAUUCCUGGGAUUGUGGCAAUGUCUUCCCGGGAUUGUUCCUCAUCCAGGCAUCACACGUGGUGUUGAUGUGCCUCUUUAGCGGCCCAUAGACAGACCUGUCUAAGGGUUGAAGCCGAUGAGAGCAAUGGGGUGGGAAUGACAGCAUAAUUAUGCCAUUUUCUUUGGCAUAGUUGAGUCCAUCAAUGGACAGAUGAGACUCGUGCACAGGAAAUUCACCAUAGAACAUGGUCACACAAAAUAGCUAUUUGAUUUGAGAUAGCGCCUCUAGUGUUGGAGGUAUGAACAGUGACAAUUUCCCUCCCUCUCCUCUACUUAAGUAGUACUUUAAAGUAUUUUUACUUAAGUAGUUUUUGGGGGUAUCUGUACUUUACUAUGUAUAUUUGACAACUUUUACUUUACUACAUUCCUAAAGAAAACAUACUUUUUACUCCAUACAUUUUCCCUGACACCCAAAAGUACUUGUUACAUUUUGAAUGGCUAGCAGGACAGAAAUGGUCCAAUCACGCAUUAUCAAGAACAUCCCUGGUCAUCCCUAUUGCAUCUGAUCUGGCGGACUCACUAAACACAAAUGCUAUGUUUGUAAAUUGUUGGAGUGUGCCCCUGGCGAUCUGUAAAAAAAAUAAAAUAAAAAUGGUGCCAUUUUUUUUAUUUUUAUAUAGGGAAUUUGAAGUGACUUACUUUUUACAAGACUUAAGUAUAUUUUAGCAAUUAUUUACUUUUGAUACUUUAAGUAUGUUUAAAACCAAAUACUUUGACCAAAAACCAAAAUACAAGUAGUAUUUUACUGGGUGACUCACUUUUACUUGAGUCAUUUUCUAUUAAAAAAGGUAUCUUUACUUUUUCUCAAGUAUAACAAUUCUGUACUUUUUCCACCACUGGAAAGUAGACUUAUUUUCUACUAGUAGUACUAACUAUACUGAACAAAAAUAUAAACGCAACAAUUUCAAAGAUUUUAUAGUUCAUAUAUGGAAAUUAGUCAAUUGAAAUAAAUUCAUUAGGCCCUAAUCUAUGGAUUUCACAUGCCUGGGAAUACAGAUAUGCAUCUGUUGUUCACAGAUACCUUAAGGUAGGGGCGUGGAUCAGAAAACCAGUCAGUAUCUGGUGUGACCAUGUGCCUCAUGCAGCGUGACAUCUCCUUCGCAGAAUUGAUUAGGCUGUUGAUUAUGGCCUGUGGAAUGUUGUCCCACUCUUCAAUGGCUGUGCAAAGUUGCUGGAACUGGAACACGCUGUCGUGGAUGUUGAUCCAGAGCAUCCCAAAUAAGCUCAAUGGGUGAAAUGUCUGUUUGCCUGCCCAUACCAAAACCCCACUGCCACCAUGGGGCACUCUGUUCAAAAUGUUGACAUCAGCAAACUGCUCGGUACAGUUGAAACCGGGAUUCAUCCAUGAAGAGCACACCUCUCCUCCAGCGUGCCAGUGGCCAUCGAAGUACCUCCACCUCUCGUUCUGACUGGUCCACUCACGCUGCCAAGCCCACCUUUGCAAUGUCUUCUGACAAUGUGUCCAUCUCAACAGAGUUUUCCCCAGAGCUACGGGGCAGACCUAAAGCGGUUGCCAAGGUGCUCAGGGAUUCAAAAGAAGAACCACAGUUACUACCAAAGGAAAGUGUGCAAGACAUGGCCAAAGAUGUCACCUACAUCUGUCCUUACAUCGGUGCAGUGAGGGGGACAUUGACUGUCACCAACUACAGAUUGUUUUUCAAAUGCAUGGACAGGGAACCAGCGUUUGUGCUGGACUUGCCCCUGGGGGUAGUGAGCCGGGUGGAGAAGAUAGGAGGUGCAUCUAGCCGUGGUGAGGUCUCCUACGGGCUGGUCUGCAAGGAUAUCCGUAAUCUGCGGUUUGCACACAAGCAGAUGGAGGAUUCACUCAGGAAGUCCAUUUUCGAAAUCCUGAUGAAAUGUGCCUUUCCUGUUUCUAAUGGUCUGACAAUCUUUGCCUUUGUGUAUGGGCAGGUCUAUCCUGAAAAUGGCUGGAAAGUGUAUGAUGCUCAAGUGGAAUACAAAAGACAGGGCUUACCCAACGAGAGCUGGAGGAUAACUAAAGUGAAUGAUCACUACGAGCUGUGUGACACUUACCCAUCAACCCUGGUGGUGCCUGUUAACAUCCCAGAUGAGGAGUUGAAGAGAGUGGCUGCCUUCAGAGCCAAGGGCAGGAUACCUGUGCUGUCAUGGAUUCACCCAGAGAGCCAGGCCACAGUGAUCCGCUGUAGUCAGCCCAUGGUUGGGGUCAACGGCAAGCGCAGCAAAGACGAUGAGAAGUACCUCCAGACCAUCAUGGAUGCCAACGCUCAGUCCCACAAGCUCUUCAUCUUCGAUGCCAGGCCUAGCGUCAAUGCUGCUGCCAACAAGAUGAAAGGGGGUGGCUAUGAGAGUGAGGAUGCCUAUCAGAAUGCAGAAUUGGUGUUCUUGGACAUCCACAACAUCCACGUGAUGAGGGAGUCACUGCGCAAGUUGAAGGAGGUAGUCUAUCCCAACAUCAAGGAGUCCCAUUGGUUCUCCAACCUUGAGUCCACUCAUUGGCUGGAACACAUCAAGCUGAUCCUGGCUGGGGCGCUGCGUAUUGCAGACAAGGUGGAGUCAGGGAAGACGUCAGUGGUUGUUCACUGCAGUGAUGGGUGGGACCGUACUGCCCAGCUCACCUCCCUGGCCAUGCUGAUGCUGGACGGACACUACCGCACCAUCCGCGGCUUCCAGGUGCUGCUGGAGAAAGAGUGGCUGAGCUUCGGCCACCGCUUCCAGCUGAGGAUCGGUCAUGGGGAUAAGAACCACACAGACGCAGACCGCUCGCCUGUCUUCCUGCAGUUCAUAGACUGUGUGUGGCAGAUGACCCGCCAGUUUCUUGCAGCCUUUGAGUUCAACGAAUACUUCCUGAUCACCAUCCUGGACCAUCUGUACAGCUGCCUGUUUGGGACGUUCAUGUGUAAUAGUGAACAGCAGAGGGUGAAGGAGGAGCUGCCCAAGAAGACAGUUUCCCUGUGGGCCUACAUCAACAGCCAGCCAGAGGAGUUCACCAACCCUCUGUAUGUCAACUAUUCCAACCAUGUGCUGUUCCCAGUGGUCAGCAUGCGCCACCUGGAGCUCUGGGUGGGCUACUACAUCCGCUGGAACCCUCGCAUGAGGCCACAGGAGCCUGUUCACCAGCGCUACAAGGAGCUGCUGGCAAAGCGGGCGGAGCUUCAGAAGAGGGUGGAGGAGCUGCAGCGAGAGGUGAACAAUCGCUCUGCCUCCUCAUCCUCGGAGAGGGCGGGCUCUCCCACCCGCUCCAUCACUCCAGUUCAGACCUUUGUCUGACAAGCAGACAGACAAAACCCAGGGGGAUGGUGACCGGAAGCUUACAGUAGACGGCUGAGGACAGAGGCCCAACACCUAUAGGAAGCAAAGCAACCAACAAGUGUCUGUAGAAACCGCAUAUUGGCCUUUGGCUGCUCCACCUCAACAGCUGAGGUCGUAUAGAGUCAGAACCGUAGAAUGAGAAUAAGACCAUUAAUUUAUAUCUCUAUGGUCAGAACCUUCUGCUGCACCAAACAGAGCUGCCUUUGUUUCCAACCACCUUGCUACAGCCAUACUACACUCUACUGACCUCUGCUGCCAGGGUCAAGAGUACUGUAACAUAUUAUCAUCAAAUAAGUAUAAAAUAUCACAUCAGCUUACUGUAUGUAGGUAUUACAUUUAUUCUAAGUGAUAAGUACACUAAUCGAUUAAUAGGAUAAAACAAGCAACACACUAAAAGUAAAAGCUCAAUUAAUUCCUCCAUUGUUAAAGCAGGGUGGAGAAUUAUUCCAAAAGGGCAGGCUAUUUAAACAAUGUAUGUUUAUUUCUACUUGACAUAAUCCAAAUAGGGUUUGAGGUCAGAAUUGUCUCCACUAAUGGUUUUGGAGUUGAGAAGAUAGUUACUGAAUGGACACAUUUUGACCAAAUAGGUGUGAAUGAAUCAAUGUGGGCAUGGGUGGGUGUAUUGUUAGUUAUGUAUGACAUUUCAUCUGAUCAGUAUGUUGAUGUUUUUAAGCUGUCGAAUUCCUUUUAUUAGCAAGUUAACUGCAUAUUAUUUUCUGUCUCGUAGGUUGUGUGUAUAGUUUACAGUACACCAUAUACUUAUAUGCUUACACUGAGUUCUGAGUCUCAUUCCUAAUUGAUUAGGUUAUAACUUGAGGGCUUUUUGACUGCAAAGACCAGUUAAUCAUCUAAUACAUUGAAUUGUUGCAAUGAGUGGUCAUCUUGACUCAGUUAAAUAUUGUUAACCAUAAGCACGAAGACUGAUCUGUGUACUGUAUACCAUCCCUCACUCCUACAGCAAAGAUGGUGGAAAUCUUUAUGAUAUGGACUAGUCUAGACAAGUCUAGCUAGAGUUAUGCUGUGCAGUGCAUCAUGUAUAGGGAGGAUGGAUAGUGUUAGAGGGUAGCUAUAUGAAUGUAUGUUAGAACUUUGGCCCUGUUAUCUGCUUAUGUGUAUAUUGUGGUGAUUUCUGCGAUAAUAUCACGUUGCAGACUGCUCACUCAGAAAAUGGAUAGUCAGGAUUGACAAUAAUGUGCAUUUAAUGGUUUAGUUAGGGUUUUAAAAUGAAAUGUAACCAAGUGCUUCUUGAAAGGUCAAACUCACAGGUUCUUAAUAAAUGCUGCAUAUGUA